UGACGGUUGACUUGUCAGUUUGCUCUUCCGCUUAUUCCCUCUCGUCCGAGGGAUCAGUUCAAACCGGUACGCACUCUAGCCCCCCCAAUGCGCACGUUAGCUCCCGCCUUCCUCUCAUGUCUACCCUCCGCCGCCUAACCCCGUCCCUCCUCCGCCGCCGUCUCUCCACCGCCUGCGCCCCCCUUCCCGAACCCGUCCCCUGGACCCGGGCCCCCCUCUCUCAGGUCUCCCCCGCCGCCGAGUCCCUCUUCCACAUCAGCGUCGACGUCUCCCAGGCCCCCCGCCUUGCUGCCUCCCACACGCGCGCCGGCCAGUACCUCCAGCUCCGUGUCCCCGGUGCCGCCUGGCCCUCCUUCCUCGCUAUCGCCUCGCCUCCCGCCCGGGCGGCUGCGGAUGGGGAGUUCGAGUUCCUGGUGGCGAGCGUGCCGGGGUCCACCGCCGAGCAGCUUUGCCGGCUCAAGAGAGGCGAUGCGGUGGAGCUGAGCGGAGUCAUGGGGAGAGGAUUCGACGUUGAUCAGAUUGAGCCGCCGGAGGAUUACCCGACUGUCCUGAUGUUCGCCACAGGAUCAGGAAUCAGUCCAAUCCGGUCCCUGAUUGAGUCAGGAUUUGAUGCCAGUAAGAGAUCUGAUGUGAGGCUUUAUUACGGUGCUAUGAACCUUCAUAGAAUGGCUUAUCAGGAUAGGUUUAAAUACUGGGAGUCCUCUGGCAUUGAGGUUAUUCCCGUACUAUCCGAACCUAAUCAUAGUUGGAUGGGUGAAACUGGUAAUAUACAGGCCGCUUUCAGUAAAGCAAGAAAAAUAUGGAGGCCCUUGUCUACUGGUGCUGUUAUAUGUGGUCACAGGCAGAUGAGGGAGGAAGUAACUUCAAUCCUAGUCAAAGAUGGAGUUUUGAGAGAGAGGAUAUUGACGAACUCCUGACAUAUGGUGCUGGUUACUGCUGUAAUAUCACAAUUUAUUCAUUCCCGCUGCUGAGGAUCAAGAUAUCCGCUGGGAUAAUAGAAAUAAAUGAAAUUUUGAGCUCUUCUUAGUUUCCGAUCUUUCUCAGAAUCUUUGUAGUCCCCCAAUAUGUAGUAUGCCAUUGGUAACAAGUUACACUAGUUCUAAAAUUUUCUUUUCUAGUGAUUGCGGAAGAAUUUUUCCAACAUAAAUGGGAGAAGCAGGUUAGAAAUUUGAUCUGAUAGAUCGUUGCUUUUCCGGUACCUGUGCACGAGGGAAUUGCAUUUUUUGUUCUACAAUGAUGACUUUUGAAGGCAUAAAUGGAUUGUUAUCAAUGCAUAUCUGUAGAGUGUAUGGUC